AUGGGAAGAGCAUGGGAAAUUGAAGAUGUUGUACUCGAGAAGGGAACAACCGGAUUAGGUUUUUCGAUUACUGGAGGUACUGAUCAGCCAGCUGAAGAUGGUGACACCUCCAUUUAUGUUACGAAUAUAAUAAUGGGUGGUGCGGCAGCUGCUGAUGGAAGAAUGAAGAAAUUCGAUAAGAUCUUGAAAGUGAAUAACACUGACUGCGUGAAUGUGCCGCAUGAGGUUGCUGUGAAUGCUCUGAAAACGGCAGGGAAUGUUGUAAAACUGACCUUGAAACGACGUCGCGAAGACAUGAGUCUCCCCAUCGAACGCGCACCCUUAGGGUCUGGUAGUCAUCUGAAUAGAAGCGAUCUCACAUCGUCUAUGGGAGCCCUCAACGUUUCUCGAGGAUUUGAGGGGCCAAAUCUAUCACCAAGUGUCCCGGCUUAUCCGCCACCACCUCCACCUGCUCAUAGUGGAUCGCAAACUCAUUUGCAUCAAGUCCAACAACUACCUGUAGGAUUGAGCUCACGCGCAAGAAUGGCUCAAACCAUUGACCUUUACAAGGGUCAACGCGGACUUGGCUUCUCAAUUGCUGGUGGAGUUGGAAAUGAGCAUGUGCCUGGGGAUACAGACAUUUACGUAACAAAAAUCAUUGAUGGAGGAGCGGCCUAUCAUGAUGGGCGCUUAGGAGUGGGAGAUCGUAUUCUCGCU